AAAGCCCAAGCCUGAAAGGUCUUGAGCCAGUUGGAGCCCAGCUUCGGAAAAGAAAAUUGCAGUACGAGCCCAGCUUCGGCCCGCACAAACUGUUCUCUAAUAAAUUACGUGCAAGAUUGGGCAUCGAGUGCGGUCCAAGGCCAUACGCCACUCGGGGUCUCCAGCCAUGGCGGCCUCCUCUUCCUCCUCUCUCGCCCCGCCGGCGGUGCCCAUGGAGCUGCACGCCGGCAACCGCGACCGCCUCGUUGCCGCGCUACGCGACCGCCUCUCCGCCUCCGCCCGCCCGCUCCGCGGCGUCGUCCUCCUCCAGGGCGGGGAGGAGCAGACGCGGUACUGCACCGAUCACCUCGAGCUCUUCAGGCAGGAGAGCUACUUUGCGUAUCUCUUCGGAGUGAGAGAGUCAGGGUUCUACGGCGCAAUGGACAUUGCCUCUGGACAGUCGAUUUUAUUUGCUCCAAGGUUGCCAGCUGACUAUGCUAUUUGGAUGGGUGAAAUAAAACCAUUGUCUUAUUUCAGGGAUACAUACAAGGUUGAUAUGGUCUUCUAUGUCGAUGAGAUUGCACAGGUUCUGCAAGAUCGUUUUGGUGAUCAUGGGAAGUCUCUUCUGUUUCUCUUAUAUGGAAAGAAUACCGACUCUGGAAAUUACUCAAAGCCUGCUAGUUUUGAGGGGAUGGAGAAGUUUGAUACUGAUUUAAGUCUACUUCAUCCUAUUUUAACUGAAUGCCGUGUUAUCAAAUCUGACAUUGAGCUCGCACUUAUUCAGUAUGCUAAUGACGUCAGCUCUGAGGCCCACAUUGAGGUUAUGAGACGAGCAAGACCAGGCAUGAAGGAAUAUCAGUUAGAAAGCAUAUUUCUUCAUCAUGUUUACAUGUUUGGAGGUUGCAGACAUUGCUCUUAUACAUGUAUAUGUGCUACUGGAGACAACAGUGCUGUUCUCCAUUAUGGACAUGCAGCAGCUCCAAAUGACCGGACUCUGAAUGAUGGAGACAUGGCAUUAAUGGAUAUGGGAGCUGAAUACCAUUACUAUGGAUCUGAUAUCACAUGUUCAUACCCUAUAAAUGGGAAAUUCAACAGCGAUCAGAUAGUAGUAUACAAUGCUGUCCUUAAGGCUCAUAAUGAUGUCAUAUCACACAUGCAGCCUGGAGUUAAUUGGAUGGAUAUGCACAAACUGGCAGAGCAGGCAAUACUUGAAUCCCUCAUGAAAGAACAAAUUAUCCAUGGGGAUGUUGAUGAUAUGAUGGCUCGAAGGUUAGGUGCUGUUUUCAUGCCUCAUGGUCUUGGACACUUACUUGGGAUUGACACUCAUGAUCCAGGAGGCUACCCUGAGGGCUUAGAGAGGCCAAAGGAGCCAGGACUGAGCUCCUUGCGGACCAUAAGAGAACUCAAAGAAGGCAUGGUUAUUACAGUGGAACCAGGCUGCUAUUUCAUCGACGCUUUGCUGACACAAGCGAGGGAUGAUCCAAUCUCCUCGAAGUUCUUCAACUGGCAAGAGGUUGAAAAUUACAAAACCUUUGGUGGUGUUCGCAUUGAAAGUGAUGUGUAUGUGACGGCUCAAGGAUGCAGGAACCUUACAAAUUGCCCCCGAGAGACCUGGGAAAUCGAAGCAGUUAUGGCUGGUGCACCAUGGCCUUUGCCGGCUUCCAGUUCUGCCGCGAUAACAGCAGAGAAUGGCAUGUCCAAAGCAUCUUAACUUUCAGUUUCAUUUUCCAUGGUCAUGUCCACAGUCCGGACAAAAUUCGACGAAGAUGGGCUAUAUUCAAUAAAUAGUGAGGUCUAAACUAGCUGUUUCAAUGAUCAAAAUAACCCUUUCAUAAGGCUGAAAAUAA